CUUUUCAUCCAUACUUUAAUUGUAUAAAUAAAUAAAUAAUUGUUAAUAAAUAUGCCAAAGAAUAAGAAUAAGAAAAACAAACCUUCAGGUUUUUGGUGUUUCGCUAUGGAUUAUAAAAAUAAAAUGAGCAAACGCGGAAAAAUUAUAAAUGUUUCUGAAUUGAGUCAAUUGGCUGGACCAGAGGGGAACAAAUUGUCAGAAUCUCAACAAAAACUUUACAAUAUGAAAGCCAAGACAGAAACUUUUGCUCCAACACCAAAGAAGCAAGAACGAGUGUUAUACAAUUCCCUUGGACAAAACAUAAAAGAAGUUGAGGAUGCAAAGAUAUCGGAAAAACGCACAUAUGAAGUAAUGACCAAAGAUAUUCAAGAAAUGCUUCAAAAUGCAGAAGAUUUGGGAGAACUGGAGGAUUUGGUUUUUUAUUUUGUAUCCACAUCUUCAUUUUUCAAUGGAAAAGACGGAAUUUAUCCUGCUGAACUUGCAGUGGCUAAAUUCAGUUUGAUGAAAGGCGUAUUUGACACUUUGCACAUUCGAGUCAACCCUGGAGAUCUUCCUCUCGGAUCGAAAUUUGACGCGCAAGAGAAAGCAAAAGAACAUAAAUAUCCAUUACCGCCUAAUACCAAAGGAGAAAAAGAUUAUGUGACGAUCUUGGAACAGAUUAUGGAUUUCUUUAUGCCAUUGGAGAAAUUGCCAAUUCUCUUCGCCGAUGGAAAUACAACGACAAAUAAAACGCCGCUUAUGGAAACAUGCAAAGUGUUUGAGAAGAUAUUCCACGAAUCUCAAGAAGCUGACACAUUUAAAUAUCUUAAAAUUUAUCCCAACGAAGAAUUGUUGUUCGCACUUCAAAAUCUCAUAACUAAAAUCAAUAAUAAAUCGAAUGGGACUUCAGAUGUUGCCUUUGGAUCUCGAGCGUAUGCCGCUCAAAUGCUUAAGUCUGAUGAAUUUUGCUACUCAACUAAGGGGUGCGACUUUCAUAAUGAACACGAUGUUGCUAUAAAUUGCUGCCUGUCAAAGGUCCGUCAAAACAGCUACAAAUUUGCCAAAUGGUGUUGUGAUAAAACGCGCAUACCUCUCCAAAUAGGAAAUCACAUGCCAGAAGAAUAUGAAUGUUAAGAAGAAUUUAAAUUUAUUAAUUUUGUAACAUAAGAAAUGAUAUCUAAUAUUGAAUAAAAAAUGAAUUUGUGAAAUGAUUUAAUAAAAAGUAAUUUAAAAA